GCAUUUCCACUGAAACUGUCCAAGGUGCUCAUCUCUGAAGUUACCCUUUUCCAUCAUGACAUCAUACAUGGACAAGGGGGAGAAGCCCGAGAAGGGACAUAUCGUUAACUUCCACCAUAUCACCUUCUGGGUGGGAAACGCCAAACAGGCCGCUUCCUAUUACUGUGACAAGUUUGGGUUUGAGCAUCUGGCGUACAAGGGUCUGGAGACCGGGAGCCGCGAGGUUGUGUCGCAUGCCAUCAAACAGGACAAGAUUAUCUUUGUUUUCCAGUCUUCACUGAACCCAGGAACUAAUGAAAUGUCAAAACACUUAGCACAACAUGGAGACGGUGUGAGGGAUAUCGCGUUCCAGGUGGAAGACUGUGACUUUCUGGUGAAGACAGCAGAGAAGAACGGAGCGGUGAUCCUUAAGCAGCCUUGGAUAGAGGAGGACAGCUUUGGCAAAGUGAAACUGGCUGUUAUACAGGCUUUCGGGGACUUGACACACACCUUUGUGGAAUAUCCAAGUCCAUACAGUGGCCUCUUCUUGCCUGGAUUCAAGAAGACUUACAUCAAAGACCCCCUGCUUUCCAAGUUGCCCCACACCCUUCUCAACUUUGUUGAUCACCUCGUGGGGAACCAACCUGAUGAAGAGAUGUUGCCUGUGAUCGAUUGGUACCUGAAUUGUCUGAUGUUCCACCGUUUCUGGUCUGUGGACGACAAAAUGUUGCAUACGAAUUACAGCGCACUGCGCUCCAUUGUGGUCACAAACUUCGCGGAGACGGUCAAAAUACCCAUCAACGAGCCGGCCAACGGCAAGAAGAAAUCCCAGAUCCAGGAGUUUGUGGAUUAUUACGGUGGCCCCGGAAUCCAGCACAUUGCCCUGAACACCAGCAACAUCAUUCAGGCUGUUACAAACCUGAAAGCUCGUGGCGUUGAGUUCCUGUCGACGCCCGAAACCUAUUACCAGCAGCUGUUGGAGAAGCUAAAAACUGCCAAAAUCAAAGUGAAGGAAGAUCUCGCAAAGCUCCAGGAACUCAAGAUUCUGGUUGAUUACGAUGAUAAAGGUUACCUGCUCCAGAUCUUCACCAAACCUGUACAGGACAGACCCACCCUCUUCCUAGAAGUCAUCCAGAGAUAUAACUUCAACGGCUUCGGGGCUGGAAACUUCUUGGCACUGUUUGAAGCUAUUGAAACAGAGCAGAAUUCCCGAGGGAACCUGAUUCCUCACACAGAUGAUAAACCACCAAAGCCAUUUUAUUAGAUCCUGAGCUAAAGGCUGGUCUGUGACAUUCAGUUAGUAAUAUUAGUGUGUAGCCGAGGUCUCCCGACUGUUGCACUUACACGUAGCUGCACACUCGACUGGCUUCUGUUGUUAUUAUAACGUUCAAUCCAGACAAGUCACUUCGGAGUCUGGGCUGCCAUGCCGUCUCCUCUCCAUGUGGCCGCUAUAAACACCAGACAUGUAUGUAGCACUACCUGAGCACACGUACAUGAAAGCUAAACAUCACACAUGAACACACUGCUUAUAAUCUGAAUAAACACAACUAUUAC